AGUGACAUCUAUUCAAUCUCGAUGUAUAACCUCCCCUGAACUUCUCUCGUUGAACAGGUGUAAAACCCAUGAGGUAACAGUGGAUUGUAGUGGAGUUGCGGCUUGGUGAAAAUAUGCCGUUGUAUGAAGGCAUUGGACUGAUCAACGAAAAGCCAGCGGUCAUUUUGGAGAUUGGACAGUCGUUGACAAGGGUUGGGUUUGCUGGUGACAUUACUCCGCUAAUUUUACCAAGUGUCGUCAAGUGCCGCCAGUCAAAUGCGUCUGUUCCACUGACAUCCUUCAAAAAUACGGUUGAACUACUGGAAGCGACUCUUCAAUUUUUACGCAAUCUCUACAACAAGUAUCUGCUGGUGAAUUCGAAGGAAAGAGCCGUUGUGAUCAUCGAAGAUGUUCUUGGCUGCAGCAAGCUACGGGAAGCUGUCGCGCGAAUCUUAUUCGAUUACUUGGAGGUUCCUUCCAUCGCAUUUGUUCCUGGACCGGUAGUGGCGCAGUUUGCCGUUGGUGAUGAUGCUUUGUUCAGUGUCGAUAUUGGUAGCACUGAAACACGUAUCAUCGGAGUCUGCAGUGGAAUACCGUUUAUGAAUUCUUGGAAUGCCCUGAGCGUUGGUGUGGAUGCCGUCAACAAGAGAUUGUCCGAAGAGUUGGAGGAAUUUGCGACCGUUGUUCUUCCAACUGCCGAGGAAGUUCCGUUUCGAGAUGUUUCGUUUCAGUUGGAUGAAAAAACCGUGGAUGACAUCCGAUUACGAUUUUGCUUCGUUACGCCUAGAGAUCGAGCAGUUGCGAGAAAUAAUGGAGGACUGACGACUGAAUGCCAAGGAUCUGAGUACAUCUUCACGCAUGCUUCAGAAACUUACGUAUUGAAAAUCCCUGGUCGAGUUCGUGAAGGUGCUACGGAAGUCCUAUUUGAGCCGGAUGAAGAUUCAGUUACUUUACGUUCCGCAAUUUUGGAUUCGAUGAUGAUGUGUCCCAUCGAUUACCGGGUCAAGAUUGCCGAAAGCAUUGUGAUAUGUGGAGGAUUGUCGCACAUGAAAGGCCUGCGAAAACGCCUUCUGGAAGAGUUAUUUGCUGAAAGCCAUGAACGAGCUGAGCGUGAAGCAGCUUUGAAAAAGAACCAAAAACUUCAAAUUAAAUCCGACGAGGAUGUCGUUGAAACGCACAUUCCGAAACUGGAUUUUAAGCUCUUCGAAAUUCCUACGCCUGGAAAUAUCCUUUUCUGGUUUGGAGGGUCGGUGUUGGGCAGCACUCAGCAGCUAGCGGUGCAAGCAAUCACGCGGGAUAAUUAUAUCAAGAGCGGCGGAAUUGUGGAUUGGUGUGAUCUCCGGUAUGAGGGUUUACCGGACGCGCUGAACGUGAAAUGGGGUCGGGAGCAGUACAAGGACCUGUGCUUGGACACUGACGAAGAACCCAUGGUUUUCAAGGCUCAAUUGUUCGCUUUGACCGGGGUCCAGCCCAUGCGUCAAAAGGUCAUGCUCAGAGGGAUGACCCUGAAGGAUGAUGGUUGGGGCACAUUCCCUGUGAAAGAUGUGAGCAAAGACGAAGAUGUACCGAAGGAACCCGCCGAGCGUCCAACAUUUGUGGAAGAUAUGGCUGCGGAUCAACUGCACAAAGCUUUGAAUUAUCCAAACGGCCUGAAAAAUUUGGGAAACACGUGUUACUUGAAUGCGUCCGUGCAAUGCUUACGAGCUGUGCCCGAACUGAAGGCGAAACUGCUGUCUAUGACGGAAUUCCGUGGUAGGCCGGAAAGCAGGGAAAUAGCUUCGUCUCUCCAAGGCGUGUUUCGGAAACUGGACAGCGAUUCCCCGCCGCUUUUCGACGCAGAAAUGGAACUGACUCCACUGCGUUUGCUGCAAGGCCUGCACACUUCUCUGCCGCACUUUGCGAGCAAGACGGAAGGCGGCGUUUUGAUGCAGCAGGACGCCAACGAGUGCUUCAACGAGCUCAUGCGGUCUCUGCAGGAAAACAUGGUUGACAAGGACCAGCUGGGCAAGAAUUUCAUCAAUAGCUAUUUCGGGAUUCAGCUGGAGAGUGAAUACAAGUGCUUGGAGGCGGAGAGUGAGCCGGUGACCAAGUCGACGGAAAACUCGCUUCAGCUGUCGUGUUUCAUCUCGCCUGAGGUCAAAUACAUCCAGUCUGGACUUCAGGAGAGAUUGACGGAAACGAUUGAGAAGUUUUCGUCCACACUGCAGAGAAACGCUCAAUACAAGCGCAUCUCAAAGUUGAGUCGGGUGCCGGCGUACUUGGCGAUUCAGUUCGUGCGAUUUUGCUACAAGGAGCGCGAGGGCGUGAAUGCCAAGAUUCUGAAAGACGUCAAGUUCCCGCUGAGUCUGGACGUGUUCGAGCUCUGCUCUUCCGCAUUGCAGCAAAAGCUGACUCCCGCGAGGGCCGCCUUCAGGGAGAAAGAGGAACGCGACUUGGGCGCAGCCUUCAAUAAAACCGGGCCCAAGGGAGAACAAGUACCGAAGAAGAAAGUCAAGACGUGUCCGUAUGCGUUUGAAGACGAUCCCGGUUCGAGCAACUCGGGCUACUACGAUUUACAAGCAGUUCUGACGCAUCAAGGAAGAUCGUCAUCCAGCGGCCAUUACGUGGGGUGGAUCAAGAUGAAAAGCUCUGACGAACAGAGGCCUUACGCCUGGUACAAGAUGGAUGACGACAACGUUUCCAUGGUUGACGAAGAAGAGAUUUUACGUCUUUCUGGCGGAGGGGAUUGGCAUUGCGCCUACGUUCUGAUCUACGGCCCAAGAAUCCUGGAAAUUGAAGAACAAGAUGAACCGAUGGAACAAGCCGCAAAAUAGAAAAAAAAUCGGUCUCUGAACCCAGCAUCUGCUCUUCGACUCGUUCUUUCCUUUAUUUUUCGGCGCAGUUCCGGAAGUGGAAGCAGUGAAUCAUUCCUUCCGCGGUGUCGCUUUAUGAAGCCGCUGUUGAAAGAUGUCUCUCGAGUGCGCGUUGGGCGACGAAAAUGUAUCCUGAGCCGAGACCAUUAACAUCGGAUGAAGAAGGAAAUGAAAAUUCCGUCGAUUACCCCUCUUUUUCUGGAAUGCUCGAAUUACGCAUGAUUCUUUCGUUUGGAUGCAUUGUCCCGCU